AUGGCACACCCUCUCCUGUCAAACCCUUUCAGCAAAGAUACUUCCAACAACAUCGUUAACGGCUCUUGCCUUUGCGGUGCUAUUACCUUUACUCUUACUGGUGCUCCCUCAACAACAGUACUCUGCCACUGUCUCAGCUGCAAGAAAUCCUCCGGUUCGGCUUUUCAGGCGAAUGGGUUUUACGAGAACUCGCAAUUAACUCUAAGUCCCGACUCAACAGCAGCCAUGAAGACGUAUACAGACAAGUCCUGCGACUCGAGCGGAACUGUAGAUCGAGUCUUUUGCUCGACAUGUGGCUCAAGACUCUUUAAUCGGAACCCGAAGUAUAAAGAUGCAUUGAUCGUCAACUCCGGGGUAUUGGAUCUUGGUGAUGAGGGGUGGAGGGAAUGGAAGCCGUGA